AUAUUCUGUGCUCGUAGUCUCGUAGUUUGUAUGAGCGUUCUCGUUGUGCUUUAUAAAAAAACUAGCCUUCCAAUAACCAUGGUUUUAAUCACGAUAGGAAUUCUUGUGCUGGGCAUAGUCAAAGUGGUGAUAAAUCUAAUUGUAUUGAUAAUGUAUAGAGUGGGUAAUCAAACAAAACAGGACAACUUUUUGGGCGUUGGUGGUUCUUGGAACCUAUAUGAUGAAAAGUACCCAGAUGCCGAGAUCUUAGCUUCCGGAGUACUUGUUGGAUACAUGAUAUACACCAUCGUGUCAGUUAUUAACACCCUAUUAGCUGACGAAGAAUUUAAAACUUCUUUUACGGAUAUUUUGAUGAAGGUUGUCGGAGUGUUUUUGUGGUUCGCCGUUGCUGGUACUGCAAUUCACUAUUGGAAGAGCUACAGUAACGAUAACAAAGCUCUAGAAGGAAAUGAGAAACAGAUUGGCCUGGCGAUGGGUUCUCUGUGUGUUAUAAAUGGAGUGGUCUACUUCGGUGAUGCUGCCCUUUCCAUCUUGUUCUUUUUUAAUACAAAAAUGGGAAGUACGGCUUAAUUUGCUGAUUUUCAAAUAACUGAUCACUUACUGUUACUU